AUGUCCAAGUUAUCUCCUGAAAACAUCAACAUUCUCUCCAUUAGAGCCUACUAUGAUAAUAAGACCGCCACAAAUACGACAGAGAUGGCCAACUUGCUAAAAUAUGAGAGCCAACACUUUCGCUGCAAGGUGCAGGUUGAGCUUCCAGAGUGCGUUGCGGACAGAUGUUGGAGCAUCGGUUUAGUUCAGGCUUGCGAUCGUAUGUACUUAGAAAACCGCUAUGGGCAAAGUGGUAGCUCUUUCUGGGAAUUCCAUCCUCUAAAGAGCGGACGCCAUAAGAUGGUCAAUGACAGCGACGGACGACAAUACCCAUUUUACAGUUUAACUAGCAGUAAAUUUGAAGUUAGACGGGGUGUAGUCUCCGAAAGUCUCAUAUCUCUUACCUACGAAGACCACUUCUACCCAACAGUCGCAUGGGAAUUACCUUAUUACGGCGGAGCAAAGCUAACUGAUGUUAUCCGAAAACAGGAUUUCUGGGUAUGGUUGGUUGCCAUCAAGCGAGCUAGUUCCCGAAGCUCAACCAGUGAUGUUUUCAAUGCCAAAAACGAUGAAAUUUACGUUUUAAAAACAAUGCGGUGGCGCUACAACCUUCAUAUGACUUUUGACCCAAAUCAACCGAUAGGACGACGACUUCAACGAAUCUAUGACGCUCAGGAGGAGCAGCCAGUGAUCCUUGAGACUAACAGACCUUUGCCAUUGUCCGCACUCAGUCCGCCUCAUUGCAACGCCGCACAGUCUUUAAUCUGGUACCCAAAUAACCCCAGUGAUAAACCAAAGCUCUUAGUUCCACCCAAACAAAUCAUUGUUCCUUGGGAUACAUGGACUAACGACAUGGCUCCUGGACGCCACCUCACCGUAAAGAAGCCUGAACAAUGCAAGAUGGUUGGUGAGUGGGCCCACGAUGCUGAGAUAGGUGUUGAUGUUAACACAAUGUCUGGAAUUGCGAAUAACAGAGGACAUGGAACGGCGGAAGCAGGGAGUAGUCGACAGCGCAUGUCAAGUCGUGCACGUGGCUAA